CUCUUCGACGAACGCCUCGUUUUGUUCGCAAACUUCAGGAAGACAGAUGAAGGUCUUGAAAUACGUAUUAUAGGUAUAGGCUUGAAGUUCGGGCUCUUGUGCGACCCGAGGGUGGCCUCAUAAGACCAGCCCCACAAGCUGAUAACGGUAUUUAAUUCCCUAUUGUAAACUCAGCCUUACAGCUAAGCUUUCUAGUUGGCACUUUUCUUAUCAUUCAUUUCGUAGCCUUCCCAAGCCGCCUGUUUAACUUUGUCUCAUAUCUUUCUUUCUUUAUUUUUUAUUUUUUAAUUUUUUUUAUUCUUAAAACAUAUUAGAACACCAGUAAUUGGAUGCGACACUAUGAACCAGAUACGCGCUAUCCAGGCGCUUAACAAACGCGAGAUUGAAAAUGGGGUACCGCCGGAAGCUUCCUGGCACACCGAUUACCGCGACACCGCCUUCGUCAACUUCGGCGGCCUACCGUACGAGCUGUCCGAGGGCGAUAUCAUCACGAUAUUCUCGCAGUACGGCGAGCCCGUGUUCCUGAAGCUCGCGCGGGACAAGGAGACGGGCAAGAGCAAAGGGUUUGGCUGGCUUAAGUACGAGGACCAGCGCAGUACGGACCUGGCUGUGGAUAAUCUAGGGGGCGCCGAGAUCAACGGCCGUCUGAUCAGGGUCGACCACGCUCGAUACAAGCCCCGCGACGACGAGGACCCCGAAGAGUUCAAGGUCGGCUGGGAAGACAUUAUGCGACGCGAGAAGGCUGCUAAGGGCGAGGAUGUAGACAUGGAAGACGUUAGCGAGGAGGAGGAGGAAGAAGAGGAGAGACGCCCUAUGCUCAAGGAAGAGAUAGAGCUGGCGAAGCUUAUCGAAGAGCACGACGAGGACGACCCUAUGAAAGGCUUCUUGAUUGAGGAAAAGAAGAAAGAAGUUGAAUUGGCACUAAGAAAGGAGAGCGGACGCAAGGAGAAAAGGGAUAGGAAAGAUAAGCAUCGACAUCAUCACCAUCAUCACCAUUCACAUAGAUCCAGAAGAGACGAUAGAGAAGAGGAGGAACGCGAUCGUCACAGGAAGUCCAGACGGGAUGAAACGCCAGUCGGAAGAGGUAGCCGUGAGCGAGACGAGACACCGCCAAGACGAAGGAAUGAUUCUAGAAAUCGUGAGCGGAGACGGGACGACGACCGCGAUCGACGCCGAGAUAAGGAGCGGAGAGACCGAGAUGAUAAAGACAGGCAUGAGAAGCGUUCUCACCGCUACGAUGAUGAGGAUAGGGACAAGGACCGAGAACGUAAAAGUAGACGAAGUAGAAGCAGAUCUCCGCGCUCGUAUAGGGAUUGACCAAACUGUCUAAUCGCUUAAUAAAGAUACCCCCGAAAAAUCAACGCUAGGUAGUUUGAUAACGCCGGGCCCGUGAUUCCAUAUACUCGACGCCGUUUCCCCAUGACCAUUCCAAAUCAGUGCCUCCUCAAUGGAUCCCCUAGAUAAAUACCUAGCUUAUGCUGUGGACUAUGCUCGUAAUAAUCCUCAAGCUCGUCCUAAUUCCCUAGGUAUCUCUUCCAGCCUUCCCUGACAACUAUAUAUUGGCCGUUUUCACCCUCCCUGAGAACAAACUUCUCCCAGCGCGCAUCUUGCCCGGCGCCAACGACAAUUAGAGUGGUUUCAUCUACCCAGCCGAUCACACCUUUCACUGGCCUAUUAGUGCCCAGCACGGUCUCUCCUGUCAC